GCGAAUACUCUAAGUGUGGCUUGUUUGAAAAGACACACUGCUAUCAGAAAAAAAAUUACUUUUUUCUUUAAAUACAAUGGCAAUGGACACUGUUACAUCGGGAAAGGCUUCUUGGGCAGAUGAAUACGAGGAUGAAGAAGAAUCUUUUCAACCUCAAAUUUACACUGAUGACGACGGAAACAAAGUCAUUAUUGAAUAUAGAGAUAACGAAGAUGGCAAAAAAGUGAAGGUAACAAGAAAGAUUCGCUCCAAGCUUGUUACUGAACACGUCAAUAAAGCCGUUGCACAACGUAAAAAGUGGACCAAGUUUGGUGAAGAAGAAGGAAGAAAGCCUGGACCUGAUCUUUCAACAACCACCAUUGGCGAAAAUAUUCCCCUUAAACUCAAGUCAACUGUUGGCAAGAAUGUAGAAGCUGUUGCUGAAGAAGAGGCCAAGAGCAAGAUUCAGGCCCAAGCUAAGACCAAAAAUAUUGCAUGCCGUAUCUGUAAAGGCGAGCACUUUACUUCAAAAUGUCCUUACAAGGAUACUAUGCAACCAUUGGACGAAAUUGCUUCUACUAUCGAGGCCGUCAAGCUUGAUACUACGGUAGAUGCCAUUCGAUCAGAAGCAUCAAGUCCAGCUCCCAGCAAAUACACUCCUCCUCACCUUCGUAACAAAGGGCCAACUACUGGAGAAACAAUGCGUGAAAAGCGUGACGACUCUGCAACUCUCCGUGUCACCAACUUGUCUGAAGAUGUUACAGACAGUGAUAUAUAUGAUCUCUUCAAUCGCUUUGGUAAUAUCGCUCGUGUCUAUUUGGCUCGUGAUCGUGAAACAAACCUUUGCAAGGGCUUUGCUUUUGUCUCCUUCAGUAACCGUGAAGAUGCUGAAAGAGCUCAACAAGCUAUUAAUGGAUACGGUUAUGAUAACCUUAUUUUAAGAGUCGAAUUUGCUCGUAGCUCAUAAACACAAAACAUAUAUGUACAAAUAAAUAAGUAGUGACGUUUCAACCUAUUUUAAUGGCCGA